AUGGACACCGCGACAGAGACAGAGAGCGAGGGGACAGACAUGGAGGAGAUGGAGCUGAUUACCACACAUGGCGAGAGAGGCGAAGGCCGAGAACGAGGUGACCGAGGGGAACGUGGAGACAGGAGGGAUCGCGGGGAUCGUGGGGAUAGAGAAUACCGCGGAGAUAGACGACGCUCCCGCUCGCCACACGCUCCGAGGGAAGGGGGGAGAGGUGCACGAGGUGCCCCUCCCGCCGCCGCUGCCGCUGGCGACGACUACUACAGUAGCCGAGACCUCCGCGACAGAGAAAGAGAGCGAGAGCAUGCUCGAGGUGAGCGCGAUAUCGGCCGCGACAGGCGCGACAGGGACCGACGCGGCGAUGAUGAUAGACGACGAGGUGGUAGAGAUAGGGACGGCGGCCGAGGAGACCGCAGGGAACGUCGAGAAGAUGUUAACAUGGGCGGAAUGGACGAGGCGAGGCAACCACGCCGAAGCCCGAGUCCACCUAAGGUCAAAGAGCCUACUCCAGAUUUGACGGACAUUAUCCCAGUGAGCGAGCGAAAGCGACGCUUGACCAUGUGGGAUAUCAAGCCUCCCGGCUAUGAGAGCGUCACUGCGGAGCAGGCCAAAUUGUCUGGCAUGUUCCCUCUCCCAGGCGCCCCCCGCCAAACGGCUCUCGAUCCCUCGCGUAUGGCCGCCUUCGUUAAUCACCCACCAAAGGAGGGCAGCACUCCACAGCCGACCGCCCUCAAGCCAUCCAACUCUCGUCAAGCGAAACGUCUUUUAUGCCAGAACCUCCCACCCAUGUGCACCGAAGAAACCAUCUACUCGUUCUUUUCAAGUUUCCUUAAGUCUCUCAAUGCCGUUGACUCUGAGAACGAACCUCUUAUCACUGUUUACCUAAACCCAACUGGCACCAUGGCCAUGCUCGAAUUCCGUUCUACCGCGUACGCAACCCUCUGUCUCGCUUUCGAUGGUAUGGAAUUCGACGACACGGAAGUCAAAAUCAGGCUCUCCCGUCCAAAGGACUACAUCAUUCCACAAUACUCCGAGAGCAGUGAAUCUCAUAAUGGCGACAUCUCCCCGAAUGUCCCAGACUCAAUCAACAAGAUCUGUGUCUCCAACAUCCCCACUCAUCUUGCAGAUCAACAAGUUAUGGAACUUCUCCAAACUUUCGGACCCCUCAAAUCUUUCUUCCUUGUUAAAGACAAAGAAAUGGAUGAAUCCAAGGGUGUCGCAUUUUGCGAAUACCUUGACCCCAAUAUCGCCGAAAUUGCCAUCGAAGGUCUUAAUGGGCUCGAUAUCAACGAGCAAUUAUUGAACGUCAAGAGAGCAUCUAUCGGUGUUAAGCAAUCCGCUGGAGCUGAGGCCGGAAUUCCCGCCAUGACAGUCAUUGCGGCGACUACUAGUGCCGAAAUGGAAGGUGGAAGAGUCUUGCAACUGCUGAAUAUGGUCACUGCCGAUGAGCUAUUGGAUCAGGAGGAAUACGAAGAAAUUUUGGAAGAUGUGACGGAUGAAUGCAACAAGUUCGGUCCGAUCAUUGAUAUCAAGAUCCCUCGCCCAAGCGGCAACCAACGCGCCGCUGCAGGUGUCGGUAAGAUUUAUGUCCGAUUUGAGGAACAUGAAUCCGCCGAGAAGGCCCUGAAAUCGCUAGCGGGAAGGAAGUUCGCCGACCGAACAGUUAUUGUUAGUUAUUUCAGCGAAGAAAACUACGAUGUGGGCGCGUGGUAA